CUGCUAUGAUUUAAUCAAGCGCAUUCGGACUCAGCAAAGGACGAGCUACAGUACAGAUUUUAUAAAUAUAGUUUGUUUAACACUAAUAAAGUAGUAACUGACAGAACAAUGGGUUCAGUGGUUGGUAAGGUCAUGGAAGAGAAUUUCAAGAAGCAACAAGUGUUUAUGGAGAAAAGUCAGUCAGAAAUGUUGGAGCGACAAAUACAAAUGCAGAAUCAGAUGCGUGAACGUCAGGCGGCCAUGAUGUUAGCAAGAUCUCGAGAUAUGUUUCAGUGGUGGUGUGCAUUCUACACAACCAUUGCUGUAAUGGGAAUUGCAGGUUUUGCGAAGAAAAAGAACCCGGCAGCAUUAGUACCACUGGUUCCCUUUGGUUUUAUACUAGGCUAUCAGUAUGACUUAGCUUACAGUACCAAGAUGCAAAGAUGUAGAGAUGAAGCAGAAAGAAUAAUGAUAAAUGAAAGCAGCUACAUACAGUUACCCAAUGGUCUACCAACAUUAAAAAGUAUUGAUGCAGGGAGACAAAAGGGAAAAUAAUCCUACAUUUGUUAUAUAAAACACAAUCAACAAAAAAUACUUAUAAUUGUGACUGUGUGUUUGUAUACAUUCAUUAGUAGUGCCAUUUUAAAGUAGCUCAUCUCCAGAUUCAUGCUACUUUUUACAACACUUAGAAAAUUAGGAAUUUUAACAACUUUUAUGAAGUGUACAAAAUGAAGCUUACAGACUUUAUCAUCCACAGAAGUUAUAUUUUAAUGUAUUGAAAUAUGUAGGUAUAACUCUAACUCCAUAGUUAAUAGGAUGUACCUGUUAUAUGAAAAUUGUAAAUUUAGUCAUAAUUUGAAGAAAACAAGUAGAUCUGUGUAAGUCAGCUCCUAAAUAAUGUAAUAUGAUGUAAGCAUAAGAAGAUCUUAACUUUAGUUACAUUACUUUAGUUACAUUGGGUACACACUUGAAUCUUAAAUAUUUGCACAUUUUGUAAACUUGUUACUUAGAGUUUAGUCCUUAACUAGAAAUUUGUUGACUCAUCUUGGAACUUAAAGCAGCAUGCCUCCAAAGAUUCAUGUUAA